UUCCCGACCUGCCCCGCGCCGGCCGCCAACCGCCGCGUUUGAAUCAAGUCGGCGCUCGGCGGCUGCGGCGGCGGGAUGGGCGCUUCGUCGUUGCCCCCCGCCUGGCAGCUCUACCUCAAGGACCACCGCGUCUCUACGUUCAAGAACUGGCCGUUCCUGGAGGGCUGCGCCUGCACCCCGGAGCGGAUGGCCGAGGCCGGCUUCAUCCACUGCCCCACUGAGAACGAGCCCGACUUGGCCCAGUGCUUCUUCUGCUUCAAGGAGCUGGAAGGCUGGGAGCCGGAUGAUGACCCUAUAGAGGAGCAUAAGAAGCAUUCAUCUGGUUGUGCUUUCCUUUCCGUCAAGAAGCAGUUUGAAGAAUUAACCCUCAGUGAAUUUUUGAAACUGGACAAAGAGAGAGCCAAGAACAAAAUCGCAAAGGAAACCAACAGUAAGCAGAGAGAAUUCGAAGAGACGGCAAAGAGAGUGCGCUGUGCCAUCGAGCAGCUGGCCGCCGCGGAGUGACCCCGCCGCCAUCCCGCUGCCGGGCGAGCUGCUCCCCGUGUGGGGCGCGCUCCCUGCCGGGACCUUGCCCAGCGCCUUAGGGGACAGGAACACCCACGAUUUGAAAUUAGAAUAUUUAAGCUAGACUUUUGCUUUUUUCUUGAAAGCAGUGCCGGGGCUGCUUCUCUUCGGGCAGCUGGUGCCGCUGAGUCCAGGAACCGAUUCUCUCAUUUUUCUUCGGUAGUUUUUGUGUGGUUGGUUCCUGGGCUCCUGGGGGUGAGAAGAUGAGCAGCGUGUUCUCACCAGCGGAGCCCUCCCGCGCGCUGCGUGGGCUUCAGGCUGACAGCCGGCUGUGCAGCCUGAGAUCUGCUGCCGGAACGUAAUCAUAGGUCUGUUGCGGCUGGACAAAUAGAGAAUUAAGGAUACCAUUUUAGAUUUUAUCUGUCUGAUAAUCUGAAUCUAUGGUGCUCAUU